GUGGGGCUGCUGGUCACAGGUGGGGUUGCUGGUGCUGGUGCUGGCGGCUGGCGCUGGUGCUGGUUCCUGGUGCUGGCAGCUGGCACUGGGGCUGGUUCCUGAUGCUGGCGGCUGGCGCUGGGGCUGGUUCCUGGUGCUGGCGGCUGGCGCUGGUGCUGGUUCCUGGUGCUGGCGGCUGGCACUGGGGCUGGUUCCUGGUGCUGGCGGCCGGCGCUGGGGCUGGUUCCUGGUGCUGGCGACUGGCGCUGGGGCUGGUUCCUGGUGCUGGCGGCUGGCGCUGGGGCUGGUUCCUGGUGCUGGCGGCUGGCGCUGGGGCUGGUUCCUGGUGCUGGCGGCUGGCGCUGGGGCUGGUUCCUGGUGCUGGUGGCUGGCGCUGGGGCUGGUUCCUGGUGCUGGCGGCUGGCGCUGGUGCUGGUUCCUGGUGCUGGCGGCUGGCGCUGCGACCGCCGGUGCGACGGGCGAGGUGCAAGGUGGCGCUGGCUGCAGUCGAUGGCGCAAACGCGAUCGCGGGCCGCUGGCGACUUCGCUGGCGACUUCGCUGGCGGGUCGCUGGCGGCGGGUCCGCUGGCGUUCGCCAUAG